AUGUCACCACCUCGUUCGCCCCAUUAUAUCCCUGUUGGCUGCAUCGGCGUCUCAAGAUCUGACAUCGACGUGGAGGAUGCGGUAUGGCAGAUCAACGACUCUACCUGGAAAUCUUUUGUGUGCCAAGAGAAGGCAACCACAGGCAAACCACUUGAUGCGGCGCGAAACGUGGACCACGACUCGUUGCUCCAAGAGGCCUUGCUUAGGUCCGCUGCCGCAAAGGCGUGCGCGCCGCUGUUUCAGGCCCGUUGGGUGCAACUCGAAUUUAGAAUCUUCCCUGAAUUUGAUGACACGGCAGUUUUGAGAGUUUACAUCCUUGCUGAUGAUGUCCUGAGAGGCUCUGUUAGCCGGAGUCAAGGGAGCCUAUUCAAGGCUCGCGGCCGCAUUCUGGGACAAGUCGAUUGCUCUGCUCGAGCUUGGUCAGGAGUCGAAGCUCCUCAUCCUUUCAGGAGGAGUCCUUUUGUGCUCAAGUCAACGGACAGAGACGAAACCUCGUUACUGGAACUGUUCAAUAAUAUUCCUUCGCCAGCGCCAGACAACUCUGUCAUUACCGACCCGUUCCUCAAGAAAGUCGCAGCAGACGUUCUAAAAGGCAAAAUAGCUGGUCUCAAAUCCGAGCUGCUUCCGUACCAAAAACGAUCAAUAGCACUUAUGAUACAGAAAGAAAUGUAUCCCGGCCAGGUACUUGAUCCACGACUUCUACAUUUACACGACCGAGAUGGCCAUUCUUGGUAUUUGGAUCCCUUCGCAGGAGGCGUCUUUAGAGACGCGAGACAUUAUGAUGGCGUGUCCGGAGGAAUUCUAGCCGAAGAGAUGGGAACGGGGAAAACAAUCAUGUGCCUUGCGCUUCUGUUAGCCACGCGAAGCUUCCCUGCUGAAGCGCCCGAGUUCUUCUGGUCGUCCGCGACGCCGACGCGGAAAUCUGUCGGGUCUCUGAUGGACAUGGCAGCAUCGUGCGCGACUCGAAACUCGCAGCCCUGGAGAAGCUAUUAUGGAUACACCAAAAAGAAGGACUACGACAAAACAUCAAUCGCUUCCGCGAUCCAACGCAAUCAUGGUUCCUAUCUCCUCCCUGGUGCGGAACCGAGAAGAUGCGGGCGAGUCGGAAGCAAUUAUGUGCCCGUGAAGAGGAAAAUUUACCUCAGCAGCACCAGCUUGGUCGUUGUUCCUAACAACUUGCUUUCACAAUGGAGGCAAGAGAUUAGCAAGCACACGGAAGACCUCGAGGUCCUUGUGCUGGCGAAGAACGAUGCCAUUCCAGCAGUUGAAGCGCUGCUAGCAUACGACGUUCUCCUGUUCUCACAAUCACGCUUUGAGAAGCUGUUCAAGAUUGAGAACAUUUCCGAGACACCCCUCGCUUCGAUACACUUUAAACGCUGUAUAGUCGACGAGGGCCAUAUUCUAGGCAAUUCAAAAAUGAACUCUAAAAGUUCCCUAUUACGAGGUUUAGAUGCGCUGCAAUUCAGCUCGCGGUGGAUCGUGACUGGAACACCAUCUCGUGGUCUAUACGGAACUGGUAACCAAGCAUCUAACGAUAGCACCGAAAACUCUGUGAAUGGUUCUCCUGGGGAGAAGAAUGUCCCGUCAUUAGUGGAUCGAUCCUCGAGGGAACAAGAACGGAAAGAUCUCGAAAAGUUGGGAUCCAUCGCAGCACUGUAUCUGAAAGCACGUCCAUGGGCCAAUUCGGCUUUAGAGAUUGAAGAUACUCUGGCAAAGUGGACAAAUUAUCUCGUGCCACCAAAAAAUGGACCUGGACGGGCCGGGCGCUGGGAUUGCCUCAAAUUGACAAUCAACUCGCUCAUUGUACGCCAUCAGCUACACGAGGUACUUGACCAGCUGCCGCCGGUGGACGAAAAGAUCGUGUUGCUUGAUGGGUCUUAUCAGGAUAUGUUAUCGCUUAACAUUUUUGCCAUGAUGAUUAUUUUCAACGCGGUCCAGUCGCAGCGGACUGAUCAAGAUUACUUCUUUCACAUCAAGCAACGAAAGAGUCUUCUGCAAAUCGUCCACAACCUAAAGCAAUCGAGCUUCUUUGGUGGAUCCUUCUUCAGCGCCGAGGAGAUCGCGAAAUCUGUACAGACAGCAGAAGAGUUCUUGGACAAGAAAAAGGUUGAAACGAGUGUGGAAGAUGAACAACUUCUCAAAACGGCAAUCAACUUUGGUCACCUCGUGCUGACAAGCACGCUCCGUGGGUUGAGUAACCGGUUCCAUGAGAUGCCAAUCUGCGUUACCGGAUUUCCUGGAGGUGCUGGAAAGCACUGGUCGUUGGACGGGGAAACAGAUGACCCCGUCUGCACAUCUGCCAGCAUGGUUAUCGCGCUACAGAAAUUGCUGUAUAAAACUGCUGGCAAUCCCGAGGAGCUCAAUUCUUUACUCAACGGCGGCUUGAUUCAAGAAGGCAUGCUUGAAAGAGCAAAAGCUCAAAGCGAAGCAGAAUUAACCGGAACAACAAAGAAGAAGGGUCAAAAAUCAGAAACCUUGGCUGGCAACACAAAGCUGGGUGACGACAGCCCCAAGAAGACUCGAUCUCAUGGAAUCAACGGUGCAGAACCUGCGCCAGUGCUUGCCGGUGCGUCAUUCUCGGCUGCCUUGGCUGAAACGAAACUCGUCUCAACGGUAUCCGCGAAGCUUUCAUAUUUAAUUAAUAGCAUCGUGAAGCACCAAGACGAUGAAAAGAUCAUUAUCUUCUACGAAAACGAAAAUGUUGCCUGGUACCUGGCUAGCAUCCUAGAUGUGCUGCAAAUCCAACACCUCAUCUACGCCAAAGGAUUGUCUGUCGAGAGAAGGGCACAAUACGUGAACACAUUUCAGCACAUCGAGACGUUCAGGGUUCUGCUUAUGGAUCUUUCGCAAGCUGCCUUUGGCCUGGACAUGCGGGCAGCAUCGCGGGUUUAUUUCAUAAACCCUGUGCUGAAUCCACAAGUACAAAGCCAAGCCAUUGCUCGAGUGCGACGCAUCAGUCAGCACAGGGAGGUCUCGGUUGAGACGCUCGUGCUCAAAGACAGCAUCGAUGAGGUCAUCCUGGAUCGCAAAGAACACAUGACGCAGGCGGAGCAUGGCAAAGCAAAGUCAAUUCUAGAUGUAACCUCGAUCAACAACUGGAUCAGAAAUGCCAAGAUUGUGCCUGUUGGAGAUGCCGGCGACAGUCACGCUGCGCAGAUGGCGCCGCUGGCGACACCUCUGUACGUGUUUCGCAAAGGAUUCGGCCGUCUAGCCGACCCUGAUGAUGGCCUGAUCAAAUACGAACCUAUUACGUCUCAGGCCGCACUGGCGCUUCGAGCUGCGACACCGCCAGCGAGCGGUCACAAACGUAGACGAGACGAAAGUGACACGCGAGUGUCUUUCAAGGCCGAUGUCGGCAACACAGAAACUAUGGUGUCGCGGCCCGCACGACGUGUACGAUUCACAGUAGACUCGAAUUCGGACUGA